GCCCCCCUCCAGCCUUCUUGUCUGCACCCCCUCACAGGCCCCUGGGAUCAGCCAGCAGCUGCCACCUGUCACUUUUAGGCCAGGCCCCGCAGCUGUCUUGGGCCAGGCCAGGCUGUGCCCGUCAGUGUGGUGCCAUGGGGGCCUGGGAGCUGUGGGGGCUGGCGCGGCGGGCACUGGGGCUGGCAGGGGGCCUGGGUGCAGGGCUGGUGCAGCUGGCUGGGGAGCAGGCCGCCUGGGUGCUGGUGCUGCCGGGAACACGCCGGGCCUAUCAUGCCGGGCUCGCGCUGCUGGUGCUGCUGUCGCCCCUGCUGCGGCUGUACGUUAGCCCCCAUGCCGUCUUCGCCAACCCCCGCAACUUCUUCCAUGUGAAACUGGUAGCGUCGGCCUGGGGCUGGACCAGCCUGCUGGUGGCGGGGCUGCUGCUGCCGCUGGCAGUAGGCGCAGCAGGACGGGUGGGUGCAGCGCUGCGCCCACUGUGCCGACUGGCUGUGGGCGCAGGGUUCUGGGUGGGCGCCCGCGCUGCCUUUGCCCUGGCCGAGGACCUGACGGGCCACUGCUAUGACCCGGUGCCUGGUGGGCGGUUGGUGAACGCGCUGCCCUCCAAGGCAGCCUGCAGCGCAGGCGGGCACCGCUGGACUGGCUUUGCCCCCUCGGCGCCUGCCUUCCUGCUCACCUUCUGCCCACUGCUGGUGCUGGAGGAGGCAGGCGUGUUUGGGCGCUGCCUGGCUCGGGGGCUGCGGGCGGGGGCCGCGCUCCAUGCCCUCUUCCUAUUCAAUGUGGCACUGCUGCUACUGUGGCCAGCCCUGCUGGUGGCCACGCUGCUGUGGCAGCCGCCCUAUGCCCCCCAUGCUGCUGGUACUGCCACUGCCACCCUCUGCUGGGCCCUGGCGUACCGUGGCUGGUACCGCUGCCGCUGGUCCCCUGGCCGCCCUGGCACUGGCCUCUUCCCCCUGGCCGCCGAGUGCGCCUGAGGGAUCCUGGCAUGUGGGGUGGGGAGGGGGGUGGGGUGCGGGGGACCUGGAUAUCCAGUAGAAAGAGUGCAUGGGGUGGCCUCUGCGGUACAUGCAGAGAUGGGAGGGGGUGGGAAAUCUCAGUGUCUAGAGAACAGCUGGAGAAGAAGAUGGGUGAUGCCAACCUUGGUGUCUGGGAGAAGGUGGGAGGUGAGAAUCUGGGUUUUCGGGAGGAGGAGAGGGUGGGGCCAUCUCUGGGCAAUGUGUGGAAAUGCAAACAUCUGGGAGGAGGCCACCUCUGGAGAACAUCUGGAGAAGGUGGGAACCCAGGCAUCUGGGGUGGGCCAGGCCUGGUGAACACCUGGAGAAGCUCUGCACAGCAAUGGGCAAUGGACUCAUCCUAAGCUCAGUCAGGAACCCAGGCAUCCAGGAGAGGGGAAAUCAGCUGGAGAGUCUUGUGCAGGGGCGUCUCCCCCUGCCCUGGAGUGUGGACUUGUCUGGGCUGAGGAACCGCGGCAUCUGGGACAGCCUGCCCCUGGCCAUCGCUAGGAGACGACUGAGGGGUCCAUGUGUCCUCGGCACCUUCUGGGGCCAACAGGCGUGGAGAAGGGACCCAAGCGUCUGGGAGACCACCGGUCAAUUGACGCCAGACUACUUUUGUCAUGCGUGCAGCUUGUUCCCACCUUUGGAUGUGGGAUGGGAACCGGCUCGUUCAGGAGAGCCAGGGACACCAGCUGGAGAAGGGCAGGGUCCCCGUCUGCCCCAGCAGCGAUGUGGGGUGUAGCCCCAGGUGCCCAAGCAGACGCCCAGGCUGAGAACUGAGGUGCUGGGGCACGAAUAAAGGUGGCCUCUGA